AUUUCUGAUUUGUUGUAAGAGUGCAAAUGGAAUUUGUUUGAUAAGAUACGUACUUUCUAAAGCAUCACCUUUAAGCGAAUAUUACACUAUACACCUAAAGUUUUCAAUCGUUUUAGUCAAUUUGUUUCUCAAAGCCACAGGUUCAUGACAUCUAAUCACCACGAACAGAUGAAGAGGCAAGCUUGCAUAGUCCCAUUGGUAAUUAUCACCCUGCUUCGCUUCAUAAUCGCGAUUGCUGAAAAUGAACAUGGAAGCGGCAUGAAUUCUAUUCAAGACCUGCAGUCCCUUGUCACGAGAACCAACUCCACAAAAUCGUACAAUAAAAAGUUUUGCGAUUGUUACAACGCGUCCGAAGGGACAGGCCAACAGCCCGAAAUUGAAUGCAGAUGUUUCGGGAAGAAUUUCACCAGAAUACCUUCAAACUUGCAGAAAGGGGUACAAAAAAUAAUAAUCACCGACUCCGAUAUCAGAUUCAUCAACAGAGAUGCCUUUCAGCCUUAUAAGGACACACUAAUGGAUGUGACGCUUGGAAACCUUCCAAAAAUGAGAGUGAUAGAAAAGGGAAUAUUUAGGGAUAUUCCUAGAUUAAGAACAGUGUACAUUACCAACGCUCCCCAAAUAAAAUUUCUCCAUGACCUACUGAUGGGAGUAACUACAAGGAAAUUUUUAACUUUAAGAAUAAUUCACACCGGUCUGCAUGAAAUUCCUCGACUCGAUUAUCUACAUCCGGAUAAUAUUUUGCAUAUGCUGGACUUGGAAGGAAACAAAUUAGAAAAAGUACCACCGAAUUCCGUCAAAAUUAAUGCUGAACAGGCAAUUUUCAAUUAUAAUGACAUCACUGUAGUGGACAACUUUGCAUUCAAUGGAUCGCAAAUUGCAAGACUGAGUUUUAACGGGAAUAAAAAGCUGACAACCCUAAAACCAAAUGCGUUCGCACGUUUACACAGCCUUCGUACGUUAGAUCUAUCAGGUACAUCGAUAACACGUUUACCGAUAGUGGGCAUCGAAAAUGUGGAAGAACUAAAGAUAGAAGGGGUGGCGACCAUGAAAACAAUACCCAGCAUAUAUGAAUUGAAGAGUUUAAAAGAUGCACAUCUAACACAUCCCUUCCACUGCUGUGCCUUCAAAUAUCCAAAGCAGCACGAUCCUGCGGGAUAUGCCCAGUACCAGGCGAACGUCAAACAGAUCUGUGAAAGCGGACUUUUCCCAUUCGAUACAGGACAAUUAAGAAAUGACCAACAGAAUCACAAGAGAAAAAGAAGAAAACGGAGUUCUAUCAACGACAGCUGGAGUGCAAUUUUCAGUUGGCCUGAGCACUUAUUCAGCUACAAAACUUAUGAUGAUGAACCUGAUAAACCGGAAGAUUGGCUUAUAAAGUUAAACAGUGGUUUGGGGUCUACUCAAACGCAAAACGUUCCUAAUUUGGCUCCUUUGCAAGGACACAGGAUAACCUCGUCAGAGGGCGUAUCAUCGGACUUGGACAAUGACGAAGAUGAAGAUGACUUCGGGACGUUUCACGAAACGUCAGCAGAGUUACCGGAAAACAGCAUGGUACAAGCAUUUUGUGGAAAUAUAUCUUCACAUAAAAGAGAAAUCUUUUGUUAUCCCGAGCCAAACGCCCUAAACCCGUGCGAAGACAUAAUGGGGUUCGUUUGGUUAAGGGUGUCCGUAUGGUUUGUGGUAAUAUUAUCGAUUUCUGGUAAUCUCCUAGUCAUUAUUGUUUUGACUCUAAGCAAGGGUGGUUUAAACGUUUCGAGAUUUUUGAUGUGCAAUUUAGCCUUCGCCGAUAUUUGCAUGGGCCUAUACUUGUUAUUGAUCGCCAGUAUGGAUCUCCAUUCUGUUGGAACUUAUUUUAACUUUGCAUACGAUUGGCAGUACGGGGUCGGUUGCCAAAUAGCUGGAUUUCUAACGGUGUUCGCAAGUCAUUUAUCAAUUUACACACUGACAGUGAUAACGUUAGAAAGAUGGUUUGCAAUCACGUAUGCUCUACAUUUAACAAAGAGAAUUGGACUGAGACAAGCCGUCCAAAUAAUGUUAGUUGGCUGGUUGUAUUCAAUAUUGGUGUCAGCGUUGCCACUGUUUGGUAUUAGUAACUAUAGUAGUACAAGUAUUUGCCUUCCGAUGGAAGUGAAUACCAUUGUAGACAAAGUAUAUUUGGUAGCAGUAUUCCUUUUAAAUGGCAUGGCGUUCGUUAUAAUUGUCUUUUGCUACGCGCGUAUCUAUUUAAGUUUAGGUUACGAGACUCGGAGAUGCAAUACUCGAGGUGAAAUGACCAUUGCGAAGAAGAUGGCUCUGUUGGUUUUCACGGAUUUCGCGUGUUGGGCACCGGUCACUUUUUUCUCUUUGACCGCACUGGCCGGAUAUCCGCUUAUUGGAGUAACAGAAUCCAAAAUCUUGCUUGUGUUCUUUUUCCCAUUGAACUCCUGCGCGAAUCCUUACUUAUAUGCCAUCAUGACAGCGCAAUUUAGGAAGGACUUUUUUAUAUUACUUUCCAGGUGCGGAUUGUGUACCAAAAGGGCCCAACAAUACACAGUUGCAACAUCCGUUCAAACGCAAAACAAUACACAUCCCAUUCCUCUGUUAAGUAAAUCGUCGAAUGGUCAUCAUUUUAACAAGUCGGAAAGUCACAUUCAAGAUGAUCUCGUUUAAUCAUUAGCUAGGUAGUCCUUAAGGCGAAACUGUGACAAAACGGUUAGUGUAAGUACUAAUAGUAUUAGUAUAUUUUUUAUUAUUUUUUUAUUUAUUAAACUUAAAAUUUUACCAAUACUUGUAUCGACGAUGACUGAUAUAGUGAUAUUUAAUAUAAUAAUAAUGAUAAUGAUCAUGUACUUUAAAUAUAUGUGCUAGAAUAU